AUGAAAUGGAUCACUGAGAGGUCCCUGAAGGGAUUUUCGCAAGAAAAGGAAGAUAUGCGAAUUAGCGCUAAGAUCUUUCUGGACGAACAUUCUCUAUCAAAUCCAUUUACCGACAACUUGCCUGAAGACGGAUGGUACAGAAGCCUUCUUAGUCAAUUCAAGAAUGUUGUUGCAAAAGGAUAUAUCAAAGAAUUUUCUAAUCCUGGUGAAACUUAUCGUAAAGAUGUCCGUUAA